GUUCAUCCAGAGAAUCCCGAAUGGACUUGUUUUGAGCAGAACGGGUCGCUGGAAAUUAAGGCGUUCUUUGGGUUUGAGGGUUUGAUCGAGAAACUGGCGAUGAAGCAAUACACAGCGCAGAUAAAGAACGGAAAGGAAGUUAUGGAAUUUUAUAUCAACGAUCUUUUUGCAAAAGGCAUCACAUAUAUUGCACCAUUUAAAGAUGAGGCUGAACCCGUUGAAGCAUGUCAACAAGAGUUAAAUGACAAUGUGGAGUCUGAACCGCCAACUCCGGUGACAAUAAUAAAGGAGAAGAGUCCUGGUUGUCUCAGUGGUAUUGGUGAAAGGAUCGACAGUGAUUACAUUGCUCGAUUUUUGGGAGAUUUGGAUCCUUUUCAAGAAAGUGACUUGAUCAAGUUUCGUCAGGGUCUUGCUACAAACUAUGAAGGCAAGCUGCCUGACGACACAAUCUUACUACGUUUUUUAAGAGGCAGAGAUUUCAACUUGGACAAGUCACAUGACAUGCUACUACGAUCAUUGGCAUGGAGAAAACAGUAUCAAGUUGACAGGAUACUAGACACAUGGAUACCAACAGAACCCAUUGUACAAUAUUUCUGUGGCGGAUGGCAUUAUGAAGACAAAGGUGCAUCAUGCUUGAUCGAGAAUGCUUUGCAAUAACUGUAAUUUAUUGAAUCUGCUCUACAUUAUGAUACAUCAGAUG